AUUUGGAACCGCGGGCUUUUAGAAAUAGUACGUAACGCUAUCGUGUCUAGUACCAGAUUCCGUUAGAAUCACGAUUGUGUAACAUUCUAUCUGAAAUGAAACUCGAUAUCAAAGACAGUAAAUCUGAUGUUGGACGAAGUGUAUGUGAUAUAAUCAAGGCUAUCCUUUUAGACUCAACUAAGGAUAACCGUAUUGUUACAAUCGGUUUAUCAGGUGGGAGUAUGCCUCAUCUUCUUGCACCACACCUUUGCUCUUUCUCGGAAAUCAAUUGGGAACUAGUUCAUUUCUUUUAUUGCGAUGAAAGACUAGUUCCAUUAGAUAGUGAAGAUUCAAAUCAUCAUUGCUACCAAGAACUACUCUACUCUAAAAUUAACAUUCCAUCCUCAAAUAUUCAUACUGUUAAUACAACAUUAUCAUGUAGAGUGUCUUUAAUCAUAAUAUAAAUCAUGUUUAGUAGAAGAUUCAGCUGCUGAUUAUCAGAAACAGCUCUUAUCAUUCUUUGGAACAGCUAACGGUUAUCCACGUUUCGACCUACUGCUUCUUGGUAUGGGUCCAGAUGGUCAUACAUGCUCCUUAUUCCCUGAUCACAAAUUGCUCUAUUAUGAAGAUUAUGUGGUAGCACCGAUUUCUGACAGUCCGAAACCACCACCACAAAGGGUUACUUUGACUUUGCCUGUAAUCAAUAAAGCAGCAAAAGUUGUGUUCAUGGUCACUGGGUCAGAUAAAGCUCAUGCAUUAAAGUCUGUUCACCAAUCACCUAAUCCAGGUCCUUCUGUGCCAUGUUCAUUAAUUCAUCCAGUCUAUGGAGAAUUAAUAUGGAUUGUAGAUAAAGCUGCUGCCAGUUUAUUGAAUACAUAAAUCAACUGUAUUGUUGUCAAUAUAUUUUAUUACAUGUUUACUUUCUACCAUAAUCUUCGAAUUACAUUACUUGAAUAAAGCUCAGAACAACAAUUAAGGCAGAAUAAUAUAAAAUUCAUUCUAUUUUGUAAUUUCUCAUCAGCUUCUUACAACCAUAUAUUUAUUUAUUUAAACACAUAAACAUUGGUACAAGGAGGCACCAAAUAGAUAUGCGCCACAUAAAUCAUUCGAUUUGUGUGUGGGCUGGAAUACUGCUCGGGUGCCCAAACCGAAGCAGGUAGUUUUCUUAGGGAGCCACACCCAGAGCCUUCGACAUAAAGGUCUGAUCCACAAGGCAGUGGAGCAUCGUAAGGAAAUGCAGUACCAUGGUAGCUGCUAAACAACAGUAGGUUCAUACGCCGUUUGUUUCUUCAGGAUCCUGGAGCCUAUGUACACCAUUGGUUUGGAAUUAGAGUUUUGCAACUCCUCUAGGUGGACUCUGUGUCCACCAACCCGGUUAAAGCGCCGGACAUUCGCUUUUCGUCCUCUCAAUUUCGUAAACAACAGUGAUGCCACGAGAAGGCAGUGAGUAGGACUUCCCUGGCAGUGGUUGUAUGCACGUGGCCAUGUGAGAGCAUUUUUCGAGGAAUAAUUGACUCUCCCUACUGUCGGCCGUACCAGGACAUCUGGGGGCUACAACCAUGUAUGUAUUAAAAUGUAACAUUGAGGUAUGAUAUAAUGUAAUAAAUCCUUGAUAUCUAUUUUCAAGUAAUCUGAAGCUUAUGUAAACUCUUCACAAUUUCUGGGAUUAUCAUACUAUUCAUCUUAACAGUUUUUAGAAUCCACCUAAUUACGGCUUCAUUUACCGAUGUUUUUGAAUUCCAUCUCUACUUAACCUCACAUGUGUUUAUAUAUAUACAUGGUUAUCUCUGUUCUUCUAAUUCAUUUCAUCAUCAAUGUCAAUUACUUCACAUGAUAUCAUACCUCAAUGUUGCACUUUAAUACACAUCAUUAGUUGUAAGCAACUCAUAAGAAAUCACGAAAUACAAUGAACGCAUAUUAUUCUGCUUCAAUUGCUGUUUUGGCUUUGAUAAAGUUCGGAAAAGGAACCAAUUGUAUGAAAUUACAAUAGUGUUUUACUGAAGGAUUAAUUUAUCCUAUAUGAUGAUAAUAUGUCAUUACUAUUUAAUAAUUAGUAGUUUAUAUAAUUUUGAUAGAUGUCUUUCAAAUUAAAUGGUUAAUUUAUUUGGCAAAUAUAUUUCUGUGAAUUUUUGUUAAAUCUUGAAUGUUUAAUUUGAUGAUUAAU